UCAAUCGACCAAACCGUCCAAUUAUUGUCCAUAACGCCAUAUGGUCCUCUCUCACUCAAUUCUCUCUCACUCAAUUCUCUCUCACCUCAAUUCUUUCCUCUGUCUAACUCUUCAUCUCCCUCAAACUAUUCAUUUUCCUCAGAAAAAUUGUGGUUUUCGUUAUUUCACUCGUUUAGAUCUGGUAUUUUUGUUCAGUUAGUUGUGGUAGGGUUUUGUUCAGUUGGUUGCAUCAUCGUCGCUGCUGUCUCUGAGCUUCAUCGUCGUCUUCAAGCAUCACCGCCGCUUCUUUAUCAGUGUUUUACUAGUGUCGUGGGCAGUCAUUUUAGUGUUUUACUAGUGACGGUUGAAACAGCUUCACCAAUCCGACAGUAGCACACCAAGUAUGCUAAGAUCAGAAAACUACUAACCUUGAUGUUAGCACAAAGAUCUUCCAUAUAAUUAUCAGGAAACACAACAUUUUUCCAGAUUUGAUGGCAUCUCGAUUGCAAAUUGAAGGGGAUGAAUCAGUCCUAUGCCGUGUUACACAUUCUAAUCUCAAGAGUUUCAAUGCUGAUGUUAGGUUUUCACUUCAGUUGAGUGUGGAAGCCAUGAAAGAGAAGCUUUGGAAAAGAUGUGGUACUUCUGUAAAUUCAAUGUCCCUUGAACUUUAUGAUGAUACAGGUGCUAAAGUAGCUGAUCUUAAUGAUAAUACAAGACAAUUUGGGUUCUAUUAUCUAAUGGAUGGAUAUCGGCUGAAUGUUGUAGAUCUUGAUCCAUCAUCAGUAACUUCUGGUGGUUGGCUGGAAGAUACAUCUUUGGUGGAGAAGUAUGAAAUUUCGGAUGAUGCUUAUAAAAAGCGUGAUGGUACUUUCAGAAAAUUCAAGGAAAAAUUAGCACUAAAAAAUCCUUCAGGUGCUAGUAUUAAGUUACCUGAUAAUUAUAUGGAAGAUCUUUGUGCUAACAUCAAGGUGGGAGAUAGAUGUCAAGUUGAACCGGGAGAUAAACGAGGUGUUGUCAAAUAUGUCGGCCGAGCCGAAAAUCUAGGCCCUGGUUUCUGGGUUGGAAUUCAGUAUGAUGAACCACUGGGGAAGCAUGAUGGAUUAGUCAAAGGGACGCGUUACUUUGAUUGUCCACCACUUCACGGUGCGAUGGUUAGACCAGACAAACUGCAGGUGGGAGACUUUCCUGAACAAGACCCGUUCGAAGAAGAGGAGAUAUAGAUACAACUCACAGCAGCAUCAAAAUCGUUAUCAUUCAUCACCCAUUUUUGUAGAUGUUUCCAUUGAGAGAACUGUAUUGCUGACUUACGAUUGCAGUUUGCCAGUCUUGCUGUAAGACAUAAGAUAAUGGAAAUUCUGAAAUUGUUCACUCUUGUAUCAGAGUUGUACUUUCUUGUUCUAAUUUGAAGAACAGUUGCGGUGAUUAUACAAAGUACUAUGUUUAUUUUC